AAGGGUGGGCAAACUACGGCCCGCGGGCCACAUCCGGCCCACGGGACCGUUUAAUCCGGCCCGCCAACCCUGAACAAUUUGUAUUAUUAAACUUUUUUUUUGGGUCAUUUUGCCUGCAAUGACUGCGUUUCCCCAGUAGAUGGAGAAGCGCUCGCCUGCGCAUUUACUACCGGAAGCCGUGUCAGAAAGCUCGGUGCACACUCACAAGUACGUGUACGUGUACAUGACGCACUCGCGCUCUAUUUGUAUCAGUCCCAAAUUUAGAGCGUAGGCCGUGACGAAAGCAUUCUUGUAAUUUGCGCGCUGAGCUUUCAGAUGCAGUUUUGCGCUAAAGCCACCCACAAACCUUCCCCUGGAAUCCUUCCAUUAAAAUGAGUCGCCCAAGGAAAAAAGCAAGGUGGACACAGUGCCAAGUGUUUAAAAGAGAGUGGCCAAUUUGGCUCGACAUACGCGACGUGACGUUCAGCCACAUGAACGUCAACAUCAACCCGUCACAGAUCGAGGUAAACGGACCAACACCUCAGAUCUCUCCUAAGAAUUGCCAUAACAAAUUUUACUCCAGACUAUGACGCACUAGCAAAAAAUCACUGAUAGCAGUUUUUUAGUGAUUUUUUUUUUUUUUUUAAUGCUGUUAAUAAAUGCAUUUGUUUUCAAAAAACCUAUUUGGAAUAUCCAUGCUUUACUACCUACUAAAGGCCAAAAUCUUUUAUGCAAUGACCUUUACAGGUCCCUUAUAUUACUUCACACCAGUGCUUCUCAAUUAUUUUCUGUUACGCCCCCCCUAGCAAGAAGAAAACUAUUCGCGCCCCCCCUCCCCACCGUGACUAUCCUAACUUGUCUUGUAAGUCGUAAAAUGUUGCACUGUCGCAAGCGUGACAGAAGUAACAAUGAGAGCGCCACUGCCCCCUGCUGUAGUAAACGCGCAAUUACAUUUUAUUCUAGUACUGCCAAAAAAAAAGCCUGUUCCCCAGGGUCACACGCGCCCCCCCAGGAAUAGCACCGCGCCCCCCAAGGGGGGCGCGCCCCACUAUUUGAGAAGCACUGCUUCACACAAACACUACGUCCAUCUGCUCCUGGUUCGGCCCUCCGGUCCAAAUUUAGAACCCAGUUCGGCCCGCGAGUCAAAAAGUUUGCCCACCCCUGAUCUAUGGUGAAGUGCAUCUGCUCCUGUCAGCAAAUUGAUAUUGACUAAAUUCUUUAAUUCAGGUAAGUCAGGAAAAAGUAUUGUAUUCCGGACUAUAAAUCGCUCCGGAGUACAAGUCGCACAAGCCAUAAAAUGCAUAAUAAAGAAGAAAACUAUAUAUGUAAGUCACACCGAAGGACAAGUCGCGUUUUUGACCUCCUAUUAUUGCUUGGGAGGGGAACCUGUUCUAAUUUUCGACACUUGCUAGAUGUACACCCCAGAAGACAGAAAAGGUCAGGCUAAUCAAUUCUUGUAUGCUUCCACGUACUCCUUGCACGGUGCUCACAUACUCGUCAUUACUUUUUGGUGCAAUUAAUGAAUUUUCCGACUAUUUGAAUGGUCAUUGACCACGCCUCGCGCAGAACAUGAGUGAGUUCUUAAAAAAAGAAAAUGAAAGAACCUAGCUUCUAAAGAUCAGGGCUGUGGACUCGGUCGGAUUUUUGCUCCGAGUCCGAGUCCGGCCUCUUGACCAUGAGUCCGACUCAGAGUCCGGCUGUCCAUUUUUUCUGUUAAUUCAUGUGACUGCUUAGUCUUUAUUCAAGGCUAAUUUAGAUCAAAAUCUAAAUAAUUACAACAGUUUUGUGAUGGCUUUGUCUUUAUUAAACAUAUAAACGAAUACAAUAAACAGAUACUUUCAAGUUUUAAUCAUUAAUUACACCAUUAUAGCUCAGACAUUUAUCUAAACACAAAUAAUUAGUGACGACCCCUUAUUUGGAAAGCGAAAACCCCAUGUCGUACGGCGUCAGCACUAUGUUGUUUUCAACAAAAACAUGAAGAACUCACGUUUGCGUCAGUCAAUUUUAAUUUUUAUAAAGGAUUAUUCUCAUUUGAUGUGUUUAAAUUUAUCCGCGUUCUGCCAUUGAAGCGGGGUGCAUUCAAAGACCAGUCGUACAGACGGAACACUCAUUCACUUCACCAAAACGCAACAAUAUAAUUACGUGAGCUCUUUGCAUAAACCUCGAUGCAAAGAAACUCCUCUUUUUGGGUACAGGCUACAAGGAGUAUAUAUUACAAAAGAGACUUUAUACUUAAUUGUGAUCAUCAUUCAUCCAUCCAUCCAUUCUAUUUUAUUACUCAGGUAUUUUCAAAGCAAAUUAAUAUUGUUGCAUUUAUUAAUUUGCUUUAACAUGACAGCGCAAUAUAAUUAAAAGCUGACACGAUGGCAAUGUCAAACGUGUUCAUUUUAUACCGAAUUAUAGCGAAAAACCGAUGUCGUACGGUGUCAGCACUAUGUUGUUUUCAAUAAAAACAUGAAGAACUCACGUUUGCGUCAGUCAAUUUUAUUUUUUAUAAAGGAUUAUUCUCAUUUGAUGUCUUUAAAUUCAUCCGCGUUCUGCCAUUGAAGCGGGGUGCAUUCAAAGACCAGUCGUACAGACGGAAACGUUUUGUGAUCAAAUCUUUCAUAACGAGAAUGAUUUGAGUGAAUUGAUUUGAAUGAAUAAUUGAGAAGAACCGCGCGCACGGGACAGCAAACGAGCAGGUGAUCGAGCAAGCGUCUGAUACGAGAGCAUUGCGGUCGCAUGGAGCGUGUUUGAAGUGAACAGCAGAGAAGAAAGGAACAAGGCAAAGUGUUGUGAAAUAAAAUGCACAGAACGGAUGCGCAAGACACGUCAGCUAUAUAAAGAGCGAGAGUUGUUUUCUUCCUAUUAGUUUCACAGUUUAAUUAGCAGUUUCAAUCAGCAAAUAACAAAAUGCGUAUUACAGGUAAUAUUUUAUUUCACAACACUUUGCCUUGUUCCUUUGGUCUCUGCUGUUCAUCCUAAAACACAAAGGCGCUCUUUAAGCAAUGCGACAGUGAGCGCCCGGCGCGCUGCGGUUGCGCGACCGCACCAAAUUAAGCUCCCUGCGCAGUGCGCACUGAGGUCCACUUAAAUUUUAGAAAGUACAUCAGGACUUUAAAAAUAUCUUCUAAAUUUCAGCGACGGCUCUGUCACAAUAAUCGACCAGCGCGGUGCAGUUGGGCGGUCGGCGGCGCGCUACGGUUGAGCGUUCUCUCUCGCGCUCUCUCUCUCGCUCUCUCUCGCUCUCGCACACACGCGCACACACGCACACGCGCACACACGCAAACCGGAUAUCAUACGGAGGCCGCCAUUACAGAUGCGCAGAACGGAUGCGCAAGACACGUCAGCUAUAUAAAGAGCGAGAGUUCAGUUCUCUACCUAAAUCCGUAUUACAGGUAAUAUUUUAUUUCACAACACUUUCUUCUCUGCUGUUCACUUCAAACACGCUCCAUGCGACCGCAAUGCUCUCGUAUCAGACGCUUGCUCGAUCACCUGCUCGUUUGCUGUCCCGUGCGCGCACGGAACGCGGUGGUGCGUUUAUGGGCAGUCGGAGAAAUCAACGCCAACAAAAAAAAUUACAUCCAGCCUAGUUAAGACCAUACCAAAGACUAUAAAAAUGGGACCCAUUGCCUCCCUGCGUGUAUGACGAUCAUUGGGACUUAAAAAAAAAAAAAAAAAAAAUUCAUAAAAAUUGGCUGCGUAUUAUACAUGGGUACAGGCUUUUUUCCAGCAUCAGCAUGCCAUUUUUAGGGUGCGUAUUAUACAUGGGGGCGCACUAUACACGGAAAAAAACGGUAGUGCUGACGCCGUACGACGGCGUACGACAUCGGUUUUUCGCUAUAAUUCGGUAUAAUUCAAGGUAGUCCACCCUCACCCAAAGUUAAGGUUUCAUGGGAAUAUUAUUGUCAUAAUUGUCUGGACCAUAUAUGAUAAUUGUUUUAAUGGUAGUUAUUGAUAGAUCUUGAAGAUGUCAAGUUAUAGGUGCAUAAGACAAUGUUGUUCAUGCACGUUCAUUGUAAGAGGGGAAGAGAUGUUGUCUAAUUUGGGCUAACUCAAAUUGCGUAGUAGAAAAACCCCGGAAGUGGGAUGGGCGCAUUCUGUGUUGUUGUGGUACGCCCUGUGAACGCACUGGAGGGAUGGUGGGACACUUCGAAGAAUGCCUCAACAUUGUUAUGGCCCUGACAGCUACCAUCUAUUGAAAACACGCAGAGGAGGACCUAGGCAAUGAUGAAUAUCUGUGGCAGGGGCUCUGCAAGUCCACAUGGGGUCACUGCUCCAUAUACAACAGAAGGCUGCCUGCUGGUUUCUCAUAUAGAAGACUAUAUCUACAACUAGAUGAAGGGAGCCUUACAUUCAACGCAAACCCACAGGAGGAAUACUCGUAGAUCAUCCCACAGAGCAGGCGAAGUUCAUCUUUUACACUAGACGGCUCAACUGGAAGAUGCUGAGAAUUUACCUGGAUGAGAGCGGUGAACCCAGGUCGUCGUCUGGUGGCGUCUCCGUCUGGAGAGGCACACUUAAGCGUGAAAGAGAUGAUGGAUGGCCUCCUGAGCUCAAAGUUUCUGCACUUCAUCAGGAUGGGCUGACACAAAGGCAAAAACGCACGUGUAUACACACACGCACACACAAUUAAUGCAAACACAAACACACACCCCCACAUCCACAAUUGAGGCUGGUUUAUAUACUAAGUCCAACCUUUAAAUACUACUCUACCAGGACUUGGAUUGACACUGCCGCUACUGUAUCUACAGUUAAAGCCCAACUUUAUUAUUGGCACCAUUGUGUUUUGAGUCGGUGGGGAGAAUACUCCUCAACUCCGCCGACACGCCUUCCAUUGUGGAAGCAGGGCCUGGAGACUCUGAGAUCUCUCCAAUCUCUGGGGUCGAAGUCACUGAGGUAAUUAAAAAACUUCUCAGGGGCAAGGCCCCAGGGGUGGAUGAGAUCCGCCAGGAGUUUUUAAAGGCUCUGAAUGUUGUGGGGCUGUCAUGGCUGACACGCCUCUACAACAUUGCGUGGACAUCGGGGAUGGUGCCUCUGGAUUGGCAAACUGGGGUGGUGGUUCCCCUCUUUAAGAAGGGGGACUGGAGAUUGUGUUCCAACUACAGAGGAGUCACACUCCUCAGCCUCCCUGGUAAGGUCUAUUCAGAGGUGGAUUUCCAAUUUGGGUAAAAAAAUAAAAAAAUAAAAAAAUUCUAUUGCAGUGACUAUACUCACAAUUACUACAUUAAUUGCCACAUCUCAGCAACGGCCAUCGGAUAUGACCGUCUGUAAACAUUUAUUGUUUUAGAGGAAACUAAAUAUUUUUGUUUUUAAAUUACCUCCCUUACACUUUUAACAGGCAAUGCAUGGUCACCUCACCCUCGCUGCAAAACCCACACUGUAAAAAAAAAGUGUUAGAUUUAGUCAAAAUAAAAAUAAAGAUUUAGCAAUUUCCAUAUAUAUUUAAAGUACUAUAUUUAAAUCCAGCUAUUGAUCGGUACAUGACAAAAGACUAUUCUAUCUAAAGAGGAAAAAAAAGUUACAAACAUCAAUUUUAUGUUGUUCUUUCUGUCUUUCACGUUGAGCAAAGCGUAAAAAGACACGCACCAAACGUGAAUAUACUAUAAUACUUUUAAAGUAGAGCUCACGACCUGUAACGGCAGCGUUGCAUGCUCCCAGCGCUUCAAAGCCUCAUAAAUGCACAACGCUUUUAACUAUAAUAUUGUUAAUGUGUAAUUAUAAUGCACAUGGUCUAUGUCUGGCUUUUAGAUCCCUCUCCUUGCUGAGUUGGAGAUCCGACGUUAGGACAUUAAAAUUAUGACAGAAGUAAAAAUUCCAACAUUUUUGGUGGAACCUAUACACACAUCAUUGGUAGUAGCACAACAUGCGCUAUGCAGGCUCCAUGUCCACACCAAUAGGAGAGGAACAUUAGUUUUCUGAUUUACCAGAAAUCUUUGUAGCCUUAUGUAACGAUAGUGGAAGUGGCGGAUGGUAGUCUUUAUGAAACUGUAAGGGACAUGUCGCCCCCCUCCCCUUUGACACCUGCGGCCAUGUGUUUUAGUAUGUGUCUACAUGUGCUCAUGUUCAAAUAUCUGUUGCUUACCAAUGGCGAUGGUAAAAUCCCCUUACUGAAGAAGAGCAGUUUGUACCCCAAUCAUUAUUAAUAGUUACCGACAGGUCUCCAACUUACCGUUUUAAAGUAAGACUUCAAAAAAGAAAUUAGAAAAGUCUCCAAUUAAAUUGCACGUAAAAGCUUAGCAUGUUCAUAAAGUAUGAUGCACGAUUAUCUGUGACAAUUCACUUACUGUACUCGGUCGAAAAUAGCAUGCUCAGUAAAAUAUCAUCCUCAGCAGGUUUAUCAUCAUGUUAUCUAAAUUAAGAGUGAGUCCACAAGUUGGCGUUUGAAGUUUUUAGACACAGUAAUUACUUGGUGACUGGCAUCAGUUAACGGCCUCUGCACUUUGUUAAAUGCUACACGAUCAAAGAGUGAGGAGUUGCGUUAGUCUUGUUACGCUUAAUAAAAUGGGAACUAAAACAUUGCUUGUACAGUUAAUAGAGGUUUAAUGAUUGCACCAGUUUGACUAUGGAAGGAUUUUUUCUUGCCCAUUUCUUCUGCACCUUCAAAAAUGCUGCGUUAAAAACAACCCAAUUUCGGUUAAAAAUUGGACCGACCCAGUAAAUCAAAUUGACCCACCUUGCUGGGUUGUUUUGCCCAAAACAAACAAUUUCGUACAAAAUAGUGCAACAAAUUGGGUUAGUCUUUUGUAAAUGAACCCCAAGUUUGGUAAAAUACCAAACCCGACUUGGUCCAAUAGUUAAACCAGCAGUUUUAAGAGGCUGCGGUUCUUUUUUUCUAUUAUGAACAAACCUGCAGAAAAUAUUCUGUUAUUACACCUUUCAUUGUAUUAUCGCUCUUUGUUUCUGAUAUCUUAAAAGAAAUCAACAUAUUUGGCACAAAUGCUUUUAAUGGAUAAUGGCAUUCCUUUUUCUGGCAAAUGCAUUCAAGACAUCAAAACUGAUGUGUCAAAUGCCCCUUGAGAGUUUACUGCCUGAUUGGCAUCUGUAAAGCAGGCUGUAUUAAGGAAAAAAACUGUUGCCAUGCGCAAUCAUGACAGCUUUUGAAGUGUCUCAACUCACGACUUCUAUGAUGGAAAAGAAUGGUCUGGAGUGGAUCUCCCAGAAAAGUGUGUCUCUAGUGGAAACAAGGGCUUUUUCAUCUUUGCUUUGUGCUUCCUCUAGCCCAGAGCUCAUGCAGUAAGUGCAGCUCUAGUAGUCUCAACUGUAUUUUUGGAGGUUCUGUGGAUUUAAAUUCUUCAUAAUCUAUGAAAUGUUAAAAUUUUAUUUAAUCUUUAGCUUUUUGGUUAUGUUUAACCUCUAUUUAAAUCCUUUGUCACUUGUAUAUGAUCAAACGUAUACAUCGUUUAAUUUUUUCCUUGUCUGUCUCGUCGCCUGUAACAUAUUUUCCCAUUUCCAUAAUGCUCAGUUCUCACCUCAUUCAAUCUCCUCCUUCUUUCCUGUCUCUGAUGAAAACAAAAGCUCUCCACUCUCGGCUGUCUGAAGCUGCUCUCAUCGCAGUAAAUCUACUCGUGGAUGAACACAGGACAGACAGAGAAAGAAAAGUAAACUAAAAACAUUCUGUCUUUGCACUUUUUUUAAACUAAUAAAUCAUGAAUGACAACGCCUGCGCUUUUGUAGUGUGGCUCUGCCAUCUGCCGCUGUGUGUUGCACAACAUCUGACAUGCGUUGAGACAUAGAAGCCAGAGCGCAAAGCUCUGCAUAACUGAUUAUACAGAGAACUCCCCACCUCAUAGCAAUUCACAAAUUCACCUAUUUGUGUUUUUUCUGUGGAACCCGAUGUAACAAAUGAAAGGGAAAUCGGUCCUUUAUGUAGGUGUGUCAUCAGCUAGAGCCUGUGUAUAAGUUGUCACCUGAUUUCCGCCAGUUAGUGGCCAGACAUGGUGGGGGGGGGGGGGGGGGAGAAAAAUGCAAACUACACUCUCAUUUCCUGGUCUACACAACUCUCUGUGAUGCAAAGUGAAGUGUGGUUGAGUGUGCUACUCGUGUGAAUAAGAAAACCCUCUACUGGGCUUGUGUUAUCUUUUUUUUUUUUUUGCGUGCGAGUAAACAACGAGCAUUUUUGAUAUCCCAGCAUUGAUGUGGAUUUUUGCCUCUUGUCUUUUCUCCUCUCUACUAACCCAAGCUUUUCAACCAUCUAGGGCACCCUAUUCAGUGCCCAAGAUGCCUGAAGAGGGUGCCAAAAUCCUGGUUAAUGAAAAAGAAGUAAUUGUCAGACUUUGCUCAAUCCCAUUUCUCCCCUUUCUUCUCUUCCUUUAGCCCAGGGGUCACCAAACUACGGCCCGCGGGCCGGAUACGGCCCGCGGGACCGUUUAAUCUGGCCCGCCAACCCUGAAUAAAUUGUAUUAUUAAAUUUUUUUUUUUUUUUUUUUUGCUCAUUUUGCCUGCAAUGACUGCGUUUCCCCAGUAGAUGGGGAAGCGCUCGCCUGCGCAUUUACUACCGGAAGCCGUGUCAGAAAGCUCGGUGCACACUCACAAGUGCGUGUACGGACAUGGCGCACUCGCGCUCUAUUUGUAUCAGUCCCGAAUUUAGAGCGUGGGCUGUGACGACAGCAUUCUUGUAAUUCGCGCGCUGAGCUUUCAGAUGCAGUUUUGCGCUAAAGCCACCCACAAACCUUCCCCUGGAAUCCUUCCGUUAAAAUGUCGCCCAAGUAAAGCAGUGCCGAGCGUUUAAAAGAGUUGCCAAUUUGGCUCGACGUACGCGACGUGACGUUCAGCCACAUGAACGUCAACAUCUACCCGUCACAGAUCGAGGUAAACGGACCAACACCUCGGAUCUCGCCUAAGAAUUGCCACAACAAAUUUUACUCCAGACUAUGACGCACUAUCAAACUUUAACAAAAAAGACAGCAGUGUCUACAAGCCUACUGGAACCUACAAAAGGAUUAUAAGGAAGGAACACAAGAACUUUAAGAGACUGCUCAUAUGUGUCAGAGAGGUUCUGCUCUGACAACUGAGCUGAACUUUUAUCUGUUAAGAUUGUGUAUGGCACAACAGAAAGUUAAUGUUCCAUGUUUUUUUUUCUAUGAAGAACCCAGAGAGAGUUAUUUAGUUAUUUAUUUCCUGUUUUUUCUGUGAAGAACUCAGAGAGGGUUUAGUUAUUAUUUAUUUCAUUAAUAGUGUUAUUAUUUGUUUCCUGACUUUUUUUCUGUAAAGAACCUGGAAAGGGUUAUUAAAUAACCGUUAUUUGGUUAUGUGUGGCUUUCUGGAAAACAAUAAUUUUUUUAAGCUCCCCUACGAUCGUCACACUUUUUCUGUUACAAACUGCCACCGGCCCGCCAUCAGAGAAGGGAAAGGUUAUGUGGCCCUCACAGGAAAAAGUUUGGGGACCCCUGCUUUAGCCCCUUGUUUGGUGGGCAAAGAUGAAGGGUUAAACAUUUUUUACCCCAUUUGUUCUAUGAACCCUUGCCUCUUGCUGACUGGUAUAUUGUCAUUAUGACAACUAUUUACACUUCCAAGAUGCUGUCUUGUGGCAAAUUAAUGUCACUCUUAUUCAUCACUUUUAAUUUUCAAUUUGUUGGGAAGUUAACAGGUAAAUGCUGGAUUUAAAGGUGAGUAUUUUGAAAUUGUUUAUUAUAAACAUAUCCUACCAGCUAAUAAGGUGCAUACAUUGGUACAUGAUUUAAUUUUAUCUACUCUAGAAUUUUUCUUUUUUAAAUAGAAGCAACACAUUUUGACAAACUGACAUUUAUUGCCUAAUGUUAGCCAAUAAAUAAGACCAACAAUAACCACUAUAUAGGACAUAACUAUUUGGAAACAGAAUAUAUCUCUAAUAGACAAGGACAUGAUUUUUUUUUUUAAUAAUAAACAGGAAAUGUCUGAAACAUUUAUAUGAAUACAGUUUGUCUACCAUUUGUCCUUUAAUAACUGUGAAGCUGUAAACUUUACUGUGUAAAGCAAGACAGAAGGAAUGGAACGAACCCGCAUCCUCUGCACUGUGAGGGAGAUGUGCUAAGUCGACCACUGUGUGACCGAAAUUUCAGGUUCAGAGUUUGGCUUUAGCCACUGGUGUUUCUCCAGCAGGUAAACGAGCUUGAGCAUGUGAGUCUUACCUGCUGGUUGAAUAGAAGCAUCUGGAGAUGAAGCCAAACCGUGGCAGGUUUUUUAACUUUCUGGAUCUGGAUUUCCUGUCUCUGCGCACGUGGAUACACGCGCGCGCACACACACACACACACACACACACACACACACACACACACACACACGUAUGGAAGUACAGUGAACAGGGCAUCAAAUAGCGCCGGCUGAACCCCUUGAGCCAGUGCAGCUACGAGUAUUGCCUUGCUCAAGAGCACCUGAGCCAUGACGCAAACAAGCAUCUCUCUGAAUGAGACUUGAGCCCUUAGCCACUGUGUCUCGCUCUUCAUGAUUUUAAGGUAGUUUGGAGCGCCUCAACCCCUACAUUGCUACUUCGUUCUUUUUAUUUGUUGACUUGCAAAUAACAAAAUGGGGAAUUAAUACCACAGCAACCAUCUAACUGCAAAAUAUAAAAAAUGGGAGAAUAAUAACUUUAACCUCUUUUUCUUGUGCAGACUAUAAUCACACACACACGUGGGGACACAUUCUCACACGCGCACACACUCGUUCACACGAACGGGUGCAUUCGCACACUCUUCCACGCGCAUGUCUACCUACUACAUUGAUGUUACUAUAACCAUUAACAUCAUCAAUGUAUUAGGUAUACAAACGCUGAAUAAUAAUCGUGCGGCCACCUUCUUAUAAUAAACCAAAAUACAUCAAUGAUUAUUUUGCCUCUCGCACAUGUUACGCAGCGAGGUUUUCUGAGGUUUUCUUUUUUGUUAACAGAUGUUAAGGGUCAAUAGUUUUAGAGGUACAUGAAGUGGCGUACAGAUUAUGCGCUGUUUUCUAAGGGAGGUUAUUAUUAACAAAUACAUAAAAAAAAUAAAACGAUAACACUAAUUCUACAAAUAAUUUAAAUUCUGUAUUUUUCAUAUUUUUCUGCUCUUACACUUGACAGAAAUACGAUCUUACAACAUUGAAUAAUGGAGACCCUUACAAUCAGGAAUUUCAUUUCGUUUCAGAAUAACACUACGAACAAUAACACUAUCAGCUCUGCAAUUGACUGACAAUCAGUUAACAGUACGUGCUCCCAAAGUCUCCUGGGCUAUCGCUCCAGCUCACCUGCAGCCUUCGUGAGGACAAGCGUACAUGAAUUGAUAUAAUAAUACUACCAGAAAAUGGAUGGAUGGAUAAAAAAAAUAGUAAUAAUAAUAAUAACAGCAAUUGUUAAAUUAUGUUAUGUAUAUUUUAUUAUUAUUCCCAAGUGCUUAUUAAGGCACGACUGCUUAGUUGAGCUUCGCUUUUUAAUUGCCAUUUGUGAACUUCAACAAUUGAGAUAAAAUUCGCUGACUUAGUACCUAAUCACUUUAAGGCAGGGGUGUCCAAACAUUUUGCAAAGCGGGCCAGAUUUGGUUAGAUGAAAAUGGAUAGAGGCCGACCAUUUGCACCGAAAUUCCUCGAACCAUUACCAUUGUAAUUGAACUUGUAAAUGUCUAUGUCUGCAGAUAGGUUGAUAUUGCAAUUGAUAAUCUGUUGUCAAUUGCACUACCAGAAAAGUUAAAGAUUAAAAUAAUAAUAAAUUAAAUACAAAUGAACAAUUUUAUGAAAGUUGAAUGGUUUUUUCACUAGAUGUAUUAAGUUUGUUUUAUUGUUGUUAUUGUUGUAUUAAUAAGAAGGGUGAUAUUGGUGUUUAUGACUGCAGUAAACAGGCCAGGUGGCAUCAUGUCAGAUUUUUAAUCCAAAUGAAAUCAUUCACCAUUUUAUCUUUUUUAUUUCAACUUCAUACGCAACAAAUGACUUCAUAAACACAAAAUAAUAAUCCAUAGUAUUUUUGUUGUUUGUGAUCACUGUGAGUGGGCGGCGCGGACGCGUAGUAGUGUGUCGAGUUCGUAAGAAGUAGACAGCUCUCACCAGUAGUCCAUGUUUUUUUUGUUUUUUUUGCCUUUCCCUGUGCAGCGUCACUUGCAGCGUCUCUGGUUUUAGCGUCGCCUUAGUCCUUAGUGUGUGGACAUUUGAAUGAGGAAGUGUCUGUGUCAUUGAUUAUCUUGCAAACGGUCACUUGUGUGCGCAUGAACUGGGAAGGAACGGAGGAGACACGCUCGCAACCGAUCAUGAGCGAUGGCUCAUGUGCGCGUUCCCGUGAGGACGAGUUUAAUUUCUGUGGCUCGCUCUGGGGCGCGUAGGUCCCCGCGAGAGUGCCAGCGGGCCACUUAUUAUUGAUUUUAUGACAUAGUGCUUCGGGCCAGUUUAAAUUUAGACGCGGGCCGCAUUUGGCCCACGGGCCUGACUUUGGGUGGUUUAGGUGAAAAUUGUUUAUUUUAUUUAUUUAUUUUUUAAGAACAUACAGGUGUGAUUUAUGGAAAGUGCAGUGGAUGACAUAUGGUAGGCCUGCAGCCUAUAUAAGCUACUGCAUACUAUUCGAAAUAUGCGCAAUCACAUGGCUGGAGUAAAAAAAAACUGAGCAACCGCGCAAUCCGCAACGUUCGAUUUAAAUGAAAAAUAAAAUACAAUUGUACGGCUUCAUGGCUGUAGUAUGCAGCCUAUGUAAUUGCAUAUAGGCCCAUGUACGAAAUAGCUUACAGUGGCCUAAUUAAGAUUUUUUCACAAGUGGUACCCUACUAGAAAUAUUCAACUGAAACAAAUAAUUGGCGCAUAAAUCCUUUCAAAUAAUCAGAAUCAGCUUUGAAUUCACAAUCAGUUAAGAGAAUGAUUAUUAUUAGUAUUAGUUUAUGUUUAUGCUGCGGUUUUGUUGCACUUUAGUUUGGUCCAAAGACAGCAUUUUGUGAACAUAUUUGUCGGCCUAAUAAUUAUUUAAUGUGGGAGGCCCACUUUCCAGGUAAGUUGACAAGGCAGACAAACAGUGGCCUAAUUACGAUUUAUUCACAAGUGGUAGCCUACGAGAAAUAUUCAACUGAAACAAAUAAUCGGCACAUAAAUCCUUUGAAAUAAUCAGAAUCAGCUUUGAAUUCACAAUCAAUUAAGAGAAUGAUUAUUAUUAGUAUUAGUAUAUGUUUAUGCUGCUGUUUUGUUGCACUUUAAUUUGGUCCAAAGACAGCAUUUUGUGAACAUAUCUGUAGGCCUAAUAAUUAUUUAAUGUGGGAGGCCCACUUUCCGGGUAAGUUGACAAGGCAGACAAACUCGUUAAUCGGAGCCAUUAUAGUUAUUAGGCCACUUUUAGUUGGUAUUCAUCACGCACACCCGCUCUCACUCCUGAUCCUCUUUCCCUCACAGUGGCGUAGCCAGGAAUUUUUCCAGUAGGGGCGCGCGCCCACAGGAAAAAAAAAUCGAACAUCACCCACGCCGUUCGCUGAUCGCUAAAACAACAUCCGGGUCCGGGAGGCAAACGGUGAAUGGAUAACAUCGCGCACAUAGAAUAGCGCAAGCACAUUCGCGCAAGACCGAAAGACAAAAACGGCAUGAAAAUGAAGAAUCAAAAAAGCUAGAUUUUUUUUCAACCGGGGCGCAGGGAGUCCUAACCGGGGCGCCGCCCCGGCUUGGCUAUGCCACUGUUCCCUCAUCUCCUUAAGUUAGCGAAUAACGAUGAAUAAAAAGCUGUGACAACCAAUGUUUACAUGAGAACCCAGAGAAGAACAAAAUGAAAAUGUGACAGCCACGUAUUUUUUCUCUCCUUCAACUUUGCAUGCAUGUAUGUAUGUAUGUAUGUACGUAUGUAUGUACGUACGUACGUACGUUUGCAACUUUGCAUACAUGUAUGUAUGCAUGUAUGUAUGUAUGUAUGUAUGCACGUACGUACGUACGUGUGUGUACGUACGUACGUACGUACGUACGUAUGUGUACGUAUGUGUACGUAUGUGUACGUACGCAGUUAGUUAGUUAGUUAGUUAGUUAGUUGGUUGAUCGCUGUACUAUUGCUUAAAAUUGCUCGCUAUUUGUCCGUCAAACCUACUACCUCCAGUCCAGUCUUGAGGUGCCGAGACAUCCUUGCAGAGUGCUGGGAGGUUCUGCAGAGAUGUCUGGAUUAUGAUUGACAAAGGCGCAAAAACACGCUCAGCCGUUUAAACAACCAACAACAGCAAGUGCGCCGCCGAAGACACUUUCCUUGCAGAUAAAUGAGGUGAGUGCACAGAGGUUAUAUCUCACAUGCAGUCACCGUUACACUGUAUAUUCUCUUCCUGCUAAAGUGCAGUUACCCACCACUCCCCGCCCCUCCCAAGAAAGUUAUGUUUUUUCUACUAUGAACGCAUAAAUCACGUAAAUUGUGCCCCAUCUCCAGGUAUAACAUUAUUUUGUAGCUCUAGACGGCACAAAUAAAUAGAUUUGUCAAUGGAGGUUAUUUUCAAAAUUGCUGGAGUGCCUACAUCACCGUUUAUUUACCUUAUCUAGUCCAGUAUAUAUUUUGGGUUAGAUCGGGGUUGAUACGACAAAUUGUGAUGUCAAUUUCUGGUGUGGAGUUUUGUAACAAGAGUUACAUGAGUGGAGUCCAUGAGUCGUCACCUUAUCGUGGUGGAGGGGUUUGCGUGCCCCUAUGAUCCUAGGAGCCAUGUUGUCUGGGGCUUCAUGCUCCUGGUAGGGUCACCCAUGGCAAACGGGUCCUAGGUGAAGGGCCAGACAAAGCACGGCUCAAAAAGCCCCUUAUGAUGAAAAAUAUAUAUGGAAACAGAUUUCCCUCGCCCGGACGCGGGUCACCGGGGCCCCCCUCUGGAGCCAGGCCUGGAGGCGGGACUCGAAGGCGAGCGUCUGGUGGCCGGGCCUUCGCCCAUGGGGCCCGGCCGGGCAAAGCCCGAAAAGGAAAUGUGGGUCCCCCUUCCCAUGGGCUCACCACCCGUGGGAGGGGCCAAAGGGGUCGGGUGCAGUGCGAGCUGGGCGGCGGCCAAAGGCAGGGACCUUGGCGGUCUGAUCCCCGGCUGCAGAAGCUGUCUCUUGGGACAUGGAAUGUCACCUCUCUGGCUGGAAAGGAGCCUGAGCUGGUGUGCGAGGCAGAAAAGUUCCGACUAGAUAUAGUCGGACUUGCCUCCACGCACAGUUUGGGUUCCGGUUCAAGCCCUCUCGAGAGGGGCUGGACUCUCUUCCACUCUGGAGUUGCCCACGGUGAGAGGCGUCGAGCAGGUGUGGGUAUACUUAUCAAAGUCAAAGUCUGCUUUAUUGUCAACAUCUUCACAUGCCGAGACACACAAAGAGAUUGAAAUUACGUUUUCCCUAUCCCACGGUGACAAAACAUAUUACACGAUAGACAUACAAGUAAACAACUAAAUAUAGAAAACAAGAAGGCACAAACAAUAAAUAAUAAGAGUAACAAUAAAUAAUAGAUGAAUAGAUAACACAACGAAUAAAAGCCAGUGUGCAUACAGACAGUAAAAGUACAGGACGCUACGCAGAACGGGGAAGCGAGUUCAGGAUCCUGACAGCCUGGAGUAUGAAGCUGUUUGAGAGUCUGGUGGUGCGGGAGCGCAGGCUUCUGUACCUCUUCCCAGAGGGCAAAAGCUCGAACAAAGAGUGAGCGGGGUGACUCACAUCACUCACAAUCGUGAGUCGUUAUUGCCCCCCCGGCUGGGCGCCUGCACAUUGGGGUUCACCCCGGUGAACGAGAGGGUAGCCUCCCUCCGCCUUCGGGUGGGGGGACAGGUCCUGACUGUUGUUUGUGUCUAUGCACCAAACGGCAGCUCAGAGCACCCACCCUUCUUGGAGUCCCUGGAGGAAGUGCUGGAGAGCGCUGCUUCUGGGGACUCCAUCGUUCUACUGGGUGACUUCAAUGCUCACGUGGGCAAUGACAGUGAGACCUGGAAGGGCGUGAUUGGGAGGAACGGCCCCCCCGAUCUGAACCUGAGCGGUGUUCUAUUGUUGGACUUCUGUGCUCGACACGGAAUUUCUAUAUUGAACAUGUUCAAACAUAAGGGUGUCCAUGUGUGCACUUGGCACCAGGACACCCUAGGCCGCAGUUCGAUGAUCGACUUUGUAGUCGUGUCAUCGGAUUUGCGGCCGCAUGUUUUGGACACUCGGGCAAAGAGAGGGGCGGAGCUGUCAACUGAUCACCACCUGGUGGUGGGUUGGCUCCGAUGGUGGGGGAAGAUGCCGGUCCGACCUGGCAGACCCAAACGCUCUGUGAGGGUCUGCUGGGAACAUCGGGUGGAAUCCCCUGUCAGGAAGAGCUUCAACUCCCACCUCCGGCAGAGCUAUUCCCACGUCCCGGGGGAGGCGGGGGACAUUGAAUCCGAAUGGACCUUGUUCCGCGCCUCCAUUGUUGAGGCGGCCGACCGGAGCUGUAGCCGUAAGGUCACUGGUGCCUGUCCUGGCGGCAAUCCCCGAACCCGCUGGUGGACACCGGCGGUAAGGGAUGCCGUCAAGCUGAAGAAGGAGUCCUAUCGGGCCGUUUUGGCGUGCAGGACUCCGGAGGCAGCUGACAGGUACCGGAUGGCCAAGCGGAACGCGGCUUUGGCGGUUGCCGAGGCAAAAACCCGGACGUGGGAGGAGUUUGGCGAGGCCAUGGAGAAUGACUUCCGGACGGCUUCGAAGAAAUUCUGGUCCACCAUCCGGCGUCUCAGGAGGGGGAAGCAGUGCAACGUCAACACUGUUUACAGUGGAGAUGGCGUGCUGCUGACCUCGACUCGGGACGUCGUGUGUCGGUGGGGAGAAUACUUCGAAGACCUCCUCAAUUCCACCGACACGCCUUCCAUUUUGGAAGCGGGGCCUGGGGACUCUGAGGCGGACUCUCCAAUCUCUGGAGCUGAAGUCACCGAGGUAGUUAAAAAACUCCUCUGUGGCAGGGCCCCGGGGAUGAGAUCCGCCCGGGUUUUCUAA